UAAUAUAAACCCAACUUUGCCAUCCAGAAACUCCUCAGUUUUUUUUUUCUUCAUAUAGAGUAUUUUUUUCGAAAAAGUAAAUAAAUAUUGAGGAAGAAACCUGUAGAGAGAAUAAGAAGAAGACGACGAAGUCAAGAGAGAGAGAAAGAGAAGAGACGGCGACAACAAUGGCGGAGGAGACGAAGGAGAAUGAAGAGAGGGUUAAGCUGUUCGUCGGACAAGUUCCGAAGCACAUGACGGAGGCUCAGCUCCUCGCAUUGUUUCAGGAAUUCUCCAUCGUCGACGAAGUCAACAUCAUUAAGGACAAGAUAACGCGAGCUUCCCGAGGAUGUUGUUUUCUGAUAUGUCCUUCAAGAGAAGAAGCAGACAAGGUAGUCAAUGGUUGCCAUAACAAGAAGACAUUGCCUGGAGCAUCUAGUCCGUUGCAAGUUAAGUAUGCAGAUGGCGAGGUUGAAAGACUAGAGCACAAACUUUUCGUCGGUAUGCUUCCAAAGAAUGUCUCUGAGGCUGAAGUUUUAUCCUUAUUCUCCAAGUACGGAACCAUAAAGGAUGUCCAGAUUCUAAGAGGGUCUCUACAAACUAGCAAAGGCUGUGUAUUUCUUAAGUAUGAGUCUAAAGAACAAGCCGUCGCUGCUAUGGAAGCCAUCAAUGGGAAACAUAUAAUGGAGGCACCUGGAACUUAUGGGUACAUGCUACCACCUAUCCAGACUCAACCUGCAUUUCAAAAUGUGAUUUCACCGAACCAAGGUAAUAACAGCACGUUUCAGGGAGCCGCUGCUUUGGCCGAGUCUGUUCCACCACGUUUAGCCGGCCGUAGAAACUUCCCGGUGGCUCUUGGAAAUUACAGUUAUCACGGUCUUCAAUAUCCCAUGGCGUUUCCUAGAGGAAUGAUCAGCGCUCGCCUUCCUCUAACCUCGGUUCCACCUGGCAUUUCUAGCAACGGCGCAUCAACACCUUCCUCGUUUCAAACUGAAGGACCAGCGGGUGCAAAUCUAUUUAUCUAUAACAUACCUCGGGAAUUCGGGGAUCAAGAACUUGCGGUUGCGUUUCAAUCGUUCGGUAAGGUUGUAAGCGCCAAGGUGUUUGUAGACAAGGCCACUGGUGUGAGCAAAUGUUUUGGAUUCAUUAGCUAUGACUCACAAGAAGCUGCUCGAAACGCUAUUAACACGAUGAACGGUCGCCAAUUAAGCGGUAAGAAAUUGAAAGUCCAGGUUAAGAGAGACAACGGCCACCAACAACAGGUGCGGACAGUCACGGAUCCAGAAUAUAUUUUGGGUGGAAAGGCCUAUAAAAAUUAAUAUAUGUAUUUCCAUUUGAUGACAUUACAUAAUUCUGUUUUAUAUUUAUCAAGAAAGUGCAAUUAGAAAAGAAAACUAAUAAAAACGGUACAAUUAAAACAAGAUUCUUUCAUUUGUAUUUUGGAGCCUAAAGCAAGAAAAAAAUGCAUCAAACUAAGAA